AUGCGAAUUGACGCCUUGCCGUCCGAGUGGAGCAAUUUUUCCAUUGCGUCGGAAGCAACCGCUGCCCACCUGUCGUCAUGCACCCACCGUUUUGCCUCACCAAUGCGUUUGGCCCCGCGUCAAGCAUGGAGUAGGACGCGACUUGGCAACGCGAUGACGUGCUUUUAGCCAAAGUGGAGCACGGAGCCACGAUGUAGGCCAGCUGUAGAUCCGAUUAACUUUUUAAACAACCACGGAAACU